AUGUUGAUUAUGCUGAGGUGAAGGGUCAACAAUUUCGUCUUGUGGUUAACAGCCACUCUAAAUGGACGGAAGUCUUUCCUAUGACCAGCAAUACAACAAAUGCUACCAUAGAGGCUUUAAGAGCUCUGUUUGCUCGAUAUGGAUUGCCACGUGAAUUAAUCAGCGACAAUGGCCCUCAAUUUGUUGCUGGAGAGUUCAAGUCAUUUUUAAAGAUGAAUUGCAUCAAGCACACUUUAUGUCCCCCAUAUCAUCCCUCCACUAAUGGUUUAGCUGAGAGACAUGUGCAGACCUUCAAGGCCAUUUAUCAGUCUUGUACUGAUAAGGGGUCAGGUCAGCACAGGGUGGCUAAUGUCCUCUUCCGCUGCAGAAACACACCCCACACCACAACAGACAAGACUCCUGCACAACUGUUUUUGCAGAGAAAACCCAGAACACACCUCUCGUUGGUGAAACCCAGUUUGCAAAGGCACAUAGAAAAGAAACAAGUUGCUUCAAAAUUAUACAGGGAUGGGCUGCACCCCAAGGGGCGAAGUUUUGAUUUGUAUCAACCAGUUAGAGUAAAAAACACCAGGGGAGGGAAGGAGAAAUGGAUACCGGGUACAAUUGUGGCUGUGAAGGGUCCAGAUACCUACCUAGUUCGAGUUCCUGGUAAUGAUCGUCGCCAUGUGCAUGCUAAUCACUUGAUACCUCAUGAUGCCACAGGCAUGAGUGCCCAUAAGGAAAUCUUCACACCAGAAAUGGUAGGGCAUAACCCACACUCAGAUUUUGAGAGGGAACCUGUCAUUCCCAAAACAAGGUUACGAAUUCAGUUUGAAGUAGACAAUGGGAUUUCUCCUAAGUGUAUUGUUAUUGCUGAACGUGUUGUUGAUGAUGAUAGUAACGUGAAGAGAGCGGGUAACAACUCUGGACUUCGCAGUCCAGACCAAGUGUUUACCAAACCUGUCAUGCCUAGUCACUCUGAAUCCAGACCAUGUCAAGUGGUUACGCCUUCAGGACGAGUGAUCAAUCGUCCAGACUGA